AUGGCCCGCACUGUCGACAGCGUCGCCUGCUCCUUCCCUCCGGAGCUCAUCGAGAUGAUCAUACACGACAUCCCCAUUCUCGACCUGAUGAGUGUCGCCGCCAGCAUGCCCUCAGCGUGGCGUGCGGUCAUCGAAGGCUUGAAGAAGAUCGCCACGCGCAUCAGGCAGUACGCCUGGGAUGAGGACAACGAUCGCCGGACGACGACAGCGACCAAAACCCCCCAAAUGCCAUGCCGAAACUACUCGUUCAGCGGCGCGCAUCCACUUAUGCCCUCAUCCCUCGUUCCAGUCCGAGCAGGGCAGUCCUGUGCUUUCAAAUACGCCGUGCCAAACGUCGGAACGCUGUACAUCCGCCGUGUGCAGCCGCGCAAGAGCCCGGCCCCCACUAUCAGCACUACACCAUCGGAAGCAUUCUUCCUCUCUCUCGCCGUCGCUCCAUCCACCAUCCGCAUCCUCGACUCUGCGACUAAAAACAUCAAGUACACGCCUGGUCCUCGCUUCGGACACGGCUUCGUCGACCUGCGAGACUGCGAAGGCAUGUUGGCGUUUUCCAAGGGCAUCAGCACGGGCGAACGCGAUCUGCUGUUCAAGUACGUGGUGACCUUCUACGGUGGAGAGGACUGCGACGAGACCGGCCUGCUGCGCGAUGCGAAGAAGGUGGAUAAGGGAGUCGGCACGGCGAAGAAGGAUGUCGGAGGGAUGGGAAGUGGUGUGGGUACGCACGGGACUGCGGGCGAAAGUGGAGGGGUGAGAAGAAGUGGUCGCAUCGUGAAGAAGACGGAGAAGGGCGAAUCGCUGACGACGAAGUGA